GAGAGAGAGAGAGAGAGAGAGAGAGAGAGGCAGGCAGAACGGAGGCGCCGCCAUGGCCAGAGUAUGGCAGCAUCCGUACCUGAAUGUCUUCAAACACUUUAAAGUGGAGGAGUGGAAAAGAUCCACCAAGGAAGGCGAUGUGACAACUUCUAUGGACAAGGCUCUGAAAGGGACAGUGUAUCGCAUCAGUGGCGCGGUUCCCGCCAGUAACUACCUCCAGCUCCCCAAAACCAGUACGCAGUCCCUGGGCCUUACUGGUCGCUACCUCUAUAUCCUCUUCAAGCCUGCACCGGCCAAAUACUUUGUAGUGCACUUGGAUGUUGCCACAGAGGACAGCCAAGUGGUCCGCAUCUCUUUUUCCAACCUUUUUAAGGAGUUCAAAUCAACAGCCACCUGGUUGCAGUUCCCCUUUAUAUGCGGAGCAGCCAAAGGAUCAGUCUAUGAAAAGACAGCCAAGACAUCCAAGCGAGAUCUAGUCGGCUUGGCCCCCAGCAGCGUAAGGUGGACUUGCCUGAUGCUGGAUCUCCGCUACAUUCUCUCGCUGUACUUGAAUAGAGGCUACAGCCAUCUUAAGAGCGUCAAACUCUGUGCCAACCUCCUGGUGAAAAACCUGUUCACUAGUGACCUGCUCUUUGACCCAGCCGUGACCUUUUCUGAGGUUCAGCAGUCCAGGCGGGCAUUACAUGGCAUCUCCCCCAUGCCCAGAGAAAUGGCCUUUCCUGUGCCAAAAGGUGAAAACUGGCAUGACCUCUAUGAUUAUGUUCGGUUCCCUUCCAAUGGAUCCAAGAUGCCAUUUGAUUCUAUCCAGAAAGGCACUUUGAAUCCCGCAACAGUUGCUCAUGUAGAAGACCAUCCAAUCAGUCAGCUUCCCAAGGAAGUAACUCUGAGCAAGCCUGUUCGGGACAGGGUCUCCCUCAUUCAGCAAAUUACCAGUCCCAGGGAGAGGCCCCGCCAGUCUCCCCUUCUCACCAAGGACGUCCCCAAAAUUGCUCGAACGGUCUCUGCACCUCUUCAGACAGACCGCACCUGCUUCAGAGAAGGCCUGCAAUCCAGGAGUGAUUCUUUCCUCCCAUCAUCACCAGCGGACGAUGGCAGCAUUCAUGUUUAUGCCCACAAAGAUGGUGGCGUUACUGUCCAUGCCGUCAGUGUUGAUUCCGACGAGAAUCCGUACACACAGACAACAGGGUCAAAGGUGAUAUCUGCCAGAAGUUCUACUCGCUGCCUGAAGCUCCUGCCAGAUCCUAUCCUGAAGCUGAGGAAAAUCAUUGGAUUUGGAGGCUGCAGCACCAGAUGGGCUUUAUGGGCUGCCGGGGGCUCUGUGGUGGUCUACCCCUGCCACGCACUGAUCAUAGCCAUAGCACUGGACUCUGGCAAACAGACGUUCCUUGCUGGCCACACUGAUAAGGUGUCAGCCCUGGCGUUCAAUGGCAACAGCACCUUGCUGGCGUCUGCACAGAUUGGGCAACCCAGCGUGAUGCGGCUUUGGGAUUUUCCGACAGGGAAGUGCCUCUGCAUGUUUAAAGCCGGCAUGCAUUCAGUCUCUUGUCUCAGUUUAUCGUACAGUGGGGGUGUUUUGUGUGGUACGGGAAAGGACAAGCAUGGGAAAACUGUUGUUGUUGUGUGGAAUACCAUUAAUGUGAAUCAUGGAGGAGAAGCCGUGAUGCUGGCCAAAGCACACACAGACGUGGACAUCCAAACCAUCAAGAUUGCCUUCUUUGAUGAUACCAGGAUGGUGUCAUGCGGCAGAGACAACGUGAGGCUCUGGCGGGUCAGAAGUGGAUCUCUGCGUUCGUGUCCAGUCAAUUUGGGUGAAUACCGGUCGCUGGACUUCACUGACCUGGACUUUGAGGCCGGCCAGUCCUCUCAGUGUGAACCAGAUGACCGGACCUUGUUUGUUUGCAGCAGGAGUGGGCAUGUUUUGGAAAUCGACUAUAAGAACGUCACCAUCAGAAAUGCCCGUCGCCUCAUGCCAACUGAAGUGCAGCAUUCUCACCGGCGGGAAAAGCAAACGUUUAACUCCGGUCCUGGGAUUGCACUGAACAGUAUAUGUCUCUCUUCAAGCUUUUGUGCCACAGCCUCUGAAGAUGGCUACCUGCGCUUGUGGCCCCUGGACUUCUCCGAAGUCUUUUUGGAAGCAGAGCACGACUACCCGCUGUCUUCCGUUCGAAUCAGCCCAGAUAAUCUGAAAGUUUUGUGCACGACCGCCACUGGGAACGUGGGCUGCCUGGACAUCCAGUCUAAGGACUACUGUACGAUCAUGCGCUCCCACGCGGAUUCUGUGUCUGCCUUCUCUGUGGAGGGAUCCCAGAAACAGCUGGUGACGGUGUCCCAGGAUAACAGCAUCCGCAUCUGGAACCUUGAAUCAAUGCAGCAGCUCUAUGAAUUCACCGCCUCUGAUGAGACACCCUGCGCCGUGUCUUUCCAUCCCUCGCAACACAUCUUUGCUUGUGGUUUUGACACCGGUGUGGUGAGAACCAUCAGCUUGGCGACCUCAAAAUUGCUGGAAGAACACAAGCAGCAUCGUGGUCCGAUCACUGGCCUGACCUUCUCUCCAGACGGGAAUUUCAUGUACAGCUGCUGUAGUCAUGGGACCUUGACUCUUUAUAACUGUGCCAUCCAGAAAAGUCACAUUGUUAGAAUUUUGGUGAAUGUGGUGUCUCCAGACGCUGGCCACGGUCCUGACGCAUUGUCUGUCAGUUGCGAUGGGCGCCUCUUGUCCUUUGUGGGGCCUUCCCAAUACAUUGUGACUCUCAUGGACGCUCAUACCUUAGACAAGCUACUGAGAAUAGAUGUGAGCAUAUUGGACCUGGACAGCACCGCUUUGGAUGCGGCCAUGAGGCUCUGCUUCGCCCCUUUCCCUCUGGGCCAUCUCCUGGUGACGACGUCCUCCCAAAAGGUCCUUGUGCUGGAUGCCAAGACGGGCCGCUUGAUCAGAGUGAUCUCACAAGUACACAAACAGUCGUGCUCUUCGUUGUCGAUGAGCCCUGAUGCCCGGUACCUUCUGACAGCUGGCGACAGAGCAAUCAAAGUGUGGGAUUAUGGGAUGAGAUUUGACAUCAACUCUCAGGUGUUUAUUGGCCAUUCUGAACCUAUACGACAGGUGAGGUUCACUCCUGACCAAAGACAAGUCAUCAGCGUUGGGGAUGCCAUCUUUCUGUGGGACUUCCUAGGUGUGUUUGCAGAGGAAUCCUCAAAAGACGAAAUUCAUUCCUCUGAGUCCCUGAAUUCUCCUGAAGUUGAAUCUGAUCUGGAACAAUUGCAAGAAGACGUCACCUCCAUAGCCACGGACUCUCCUCGCCAGCUGGUCCCUGUGCCGACCGUUGUGUCUCCUCCGUGCCUCGAACUCAGCUCUAUCCAACGGCUGGCAGAAGACAAGGACCCAUUUUCUGAAUCCGAAGAAGAGAAGGAAGUGAACCAGAAGGUCAAAGGGAGAGAAGUUAUCGACGGGAACAAAGUCUCCUCAGCCCCCGGUUUGAAAGAAGCUAUUUGUAGCCAAGAGCCACUGUUGGCAAAGCCUGAAGUUAUCCAGCCGCAUAACCAGGCAGCAAACGAAAGUGGAAAGGAAAACAAAGGAUCUGUGCCCGAGACCAAUGUCCGGCCAGAUUGCUACCGGCACUUCUGUCCUCGUUUCAAAGCAUCCGCACCUGCAAAGGCAUUUUCCUCUCCUCUAACCAGUAACGAAGUCCUGAAGCUCAAAACUGUCAUUGGGUACAAUGGGAAUGGCCGGGGAAACAUGGUCUGGAAUCCUGAUACAGGUUUCUUUGCCUACAGCUGUGGCUGCGUGCUCAUUGUGGAAGACCUGCACUCGGGGGCCCAACAGCAUUGGCUUGGUCACCCAGAAGAGAUAUCCACGUUGGUGGUCAGCCAUGAUGCCCAGGUCCUUGCUUCUGCCUCCGGUCAAGGCAGCGGAGACUCGCGCUGCCAGAUCCGCAUCUGGAGCGUCCAGGACAAGGCCUGCCGGAAGGUCCUCUUCCACCACGAGACCCAAGUGCAAGCCAUGGCCUACUCUCGAGACGACCGCCUCCUCGUCACGCUGGGUGACUACGUGGAUAGGGUCCUGGCCCUGUGGAAUGCCCACACGUAUGACCUGAUGUCCUCCACCCGCUUCUCGGAGCCAGUCCACGAAGUAGCCUUUAGCCUGACAUCAGUGGGGCACCUGGCUUGUGUUGGAAAAGGAACUGUGACCUUCUGGCUCACGGAGCAACAGGGAGCGGACAUCAGCCUAAAGGUUCACAAAGUUCCUAUCCCUGAUGCGGUCGGUCCAGCGGAGCUGACGUCCCUGUGCUAUAGCACCGGCUGCCUUCUUUACACAGGGACAAAUACAGGGCAGAUAUGCGCCUGGGACACCGAGACCAACCGUUGCUUCAUGACCUGGGAAGCUGUCGAUGGGGAGAUUGGUAUCUUGCAGUGUCAUCGGAACAAACUAGUCAGCGGAAGCAACACCAAGAAAAUCCAGCUUUGGUCAGUGGUGGCAGUCCAGGAGCUGAGAGUGAAAGGCUCUAGUGCCAGUUCGAGCUCCGUUCUCUUGGAACAGGAAAUGACCCUGGAUGGCACCAUCGUCAGCGCCAUGUUUGACAACUGCAUGGACAUGGGGAUCGUUGGCACGACGGCUGGAACACUGUGGUACAUCAACUGGGCAGAAAAUACCAGUAUCCGACUGAUCAGUGGGCACAAGAACAAGGUGAACGAGGUGGCCUUCAGCCCCCAGGAAUCCCACUGUGCAACGUGUGGAGAAGAUGGCAGCGUCAGGGUCUGGUCCCUGGCCAGCAUGGAGCUGGUGGUGCAGUUCCAAGUGCUCAAUCAGAGCUGCCUGUGCCUGGCUUGGAGUCCGAAGUCUGUCUUGGUCACUGGAACAGAAAGUGAGCGUAUUGUGGCAGGCUACAGUGAUGGCACGCUUCGCGUGUUCAGCAUCUCCCGGACGGAGAUGGAACUGAAAAUGCACCCUCACGCUGUCGCCGUUACAGCACUUGGAUACUCCGCAGAUGGAGAAAUUAUCUUGUCUGGAGGCAAGGACGGACUCGUGGCCAUCAGUAGCCCACGGACAGGAAUGACCUUUCGCAUCCUCACUGACCACCGGUCAUCACCCAUCCAUGUUAUCCAAAGCACAAGAAAACAGCGCUCCGAACUUGGGGUUGAAGGUGACAAUCUCUGGUUGGCUGCAAGCGCUGACCGGCGGGUCAGUGUCUGGGUCUCUGAUUGGAUGAAGGACAAAUGUGAGCUCAUUGAUUGGCUGAGCUUCCCAGCUCCCACAGGGCCUGAGGUCCCUAGCCCACUUCCUCCCAGCCUGGCAGCCUUCUGCCCUUGGGACAAAAGUAUUCUUGCUUAUGUUGGCUAUGGAUUGCAGAAGGAAAUCCUCUUCUACAGUUUGCAGCAGAAACAGGUCAUUGAGAAGAUCUCCUUGCCUUCCUUUGCCAUGGCGCUGAGCUUGUCCCCUGCUGCCAAAAUCAUUGCUGUUGGCUUCAGUGAGCGUCUACUGAGGCUGAUCGACCACAAGGCAAGGACGGAGCAAGACUACGUGGGGCACGACGAUGCUGUGGGCCUCUGCCGCUUCACCCCGUCCGGGAAGUGCCUCUUCACUGCUUCCUACAACGAGAUCCUGAUCUGGGAGGUCCAGAUCAGAUGAACAGGAGGGAGAAAACGGCAACACAACGGUAACCCUAUAGAAUGGAAACUGGACGAUCCCAUUCUGUUUUCCCCAGCACCAGUGUCCUGAGACUGAUGCUAGGUUUUGAUUUCAGGGGCCACAACCUUCAGACCUUGAGCCCACCUUAGAUCGCCGAGAGAAACUGUUUGGGCAUCUUUUUGAAGUGGAAAUGCUCUUUGGCGUGACUUUCAGAAGCAGCAGAGGUUUAGAGCCUUCCUCUAUCUUUUUCAAUGGGCCUUCUGUGCUUCCCAAGACUGUUACAUUGAGGAUUGAGGCUCUUUCUUGUUGUGGGGAUGAUGGAAAAUUCCAUCCUUUUUUCUGCUGUGCAUCCAGACACUGUGAGUUUUCUCAUCUUAAAAUGCAAUGUCAUUUCUUGCUUGGUGGAAGUUCCCAAAAUUGAGACGGAGAAGCUCAAACUGGAGCCAGAGGCAUUAUUAUCUGUCUUUUCUGGAAUGGCUGAAACUCUUGAUAAUAGUCCCUGGAACACAAAGGGAAUGUCCUAGGAUCUCAUCACACUAGAGAAUUAAUCCACUUAAAAUCCAGUUUCUCCCUCCUGCAGAAUUCUGGGGUUUGUAGUUUAGGGCCUUUAACAGCCUCACUAAACUACAAAUCCCAGAAUUCUACAGGAGGCAGAAAUCAGAUUUAAAGUGGAUUCAAUCUCUAGUGUGAUGCAGUCAUAGGUUUCUUUUCCCAGAGGGAAUAUUAUCAGCCCCCUUUUCUACCCAAGUCAAUUACAGCUCUAUCCCUAUUUACAUUUUAAGAUGAAUAUUUGUCAUGCCGUUGAUUUUGCUCACAAAAUAUCCAAAUUUCCUAGAAAAGGGUCAUGGCGAAAAAUGUUGACUUGAGUAUCCUUUUGGGAUGUCGCUUCCAAAUGGUUGAGAAGAACAAAUAUUGUAUUCGUGUUCUCUUUUUUACCCUAUAUUUGGUGAGUUUUGGUCUUUUUAGCAUUACAAAAUGUACAUAUGUGCAUAUAGAGAUUGUAUAGUUUUCUAAAACUGCAAUACAUUUUUAUUUUUAUGGCUCUUUAACUAAAUUUUCUGGCACAAGGCAGAAAUGACUCACAAAUCUCUUCACAAUGGAAGCGAAUAAUAUAAAAUCACAACAAAGAACCGCCCAUUGAAAACAUUUGUGCAGAGGAUCGAGUUACAAAGAAGUAGAGAUUGUGAACAAAUCCUUUUUUUAAUGAAUCCUUUUUUCCAAGUGGAAGAACAUUUUAAGGGAUAUUUUUAUCAAGGUUCCUAUACGUUUCAUAUUCAAAAUUGGCAAAAGUUAUAUUUUUUAGAAUCCUUUUGAGAGAGAAGAGCUGAUAAAAACUAGUUGUCAAGACUGAGCCCAUUUAUUCCCUUUGGUUGAGCUUGGCGUAGAACAUAAAUAUAUUUAUCCUGCUAAAUGCUUGUUUCUAAUUUAUAAUAAGAUUCAAGGAGCAGAAAUGUAUGUUUUUAAUUUGCUUCCAAAAUAAAGAAAUAUUUGAUAUA